CCUCGCUGUGGCCUGAGGCUCCCGGGCCGGUAGCGUCGCUUUCGGUCGCGCGGACUGGUCGUGUGGAAACGCGGGUCUCCGACGCUCGCUGCCGGCCGCCACUCAGCCUAGUGCCGCCGAGGCUGUCGGCCCGGAGCCCCCGCCAUGGACUUCGAGGACGAUUGUUAUACACACUCUGCUUGCAGGAAUACUUAUCAGGGUUUUAAUGGAAUGGAUCGUGAUUAUGGCCCUGGAUCUUACGGAGGGAUGGAUCGUGACUAUGGCCAUGGAUCCUAUGGGGGUCAAAGAUCCAUGGACUCCUACCUAAACCAGUCAUAUGGCAUGGACAAUCACAGUGGUGGUGGUGGGGGUAGCAGGUUUGGACCUUAUGAGUCUUACGACUCCAGGUCUUCUCUGGGUGGGCGAGAUCUGUACAGAUCUGGCUAUGGUUUUAAUGAACCCGAACAAAGCCGCUUCGGAGGUAGUUAUGGUGGUCGAUUUGAGAGCUCCUACCGGAAUAGCCUUGACUCUUUCGGAGGUAGAAACCAGGGCGGGUCUAGCUGGGAAGCACCUUACUCCCGUUCAAAAUUGAGGCCUGGGUUUAUGGAGGACAGAGGAAGAGAGAAUUACUCUUCCUACAGCAGUUUUUCUUCACCCCAUAUGAAGCCUGCACCUGUAGGCUCUCGGGGGAGAGGAACGCCUGCUUAUCCUGAAAGUACGUUUGGAAGCAGAAACUAUGAUGCUUUUGGAGGACCAUCAACAGGCAGAGGCCGAGGCCGAGGACAUAUGAGUGAUUUUGGAAGCAUUCAUAGACCUGGAAUUGUUGUUGACUACCAAAACAAAUCUGCCAGUGUGACAGUUGCUGCUACAAGAGGAAUAAAAAGAAAAAUGAUGCAGCCAUUUAAUAAGACCAGUGGAACCUUUAUCAAGAAACCCAAGCUAGCAAAACCCGUCGAGAAGAUGAGCCUCAACAAAUCACCUACAAAAAUUGAUCCAAAAAAUGAAGAAGAAGAGAAGCGGCGAAUUGAAGCUCGGCGCGAGAAACAAAGGCGCAGAAGAGAGAAAAACAGUGAGAAAUAUGGAGAUGGAUACAGAAUGGCAUUCACAUGUUCAUUUUGUAAAUUUCGAACGUUUGAAGAAAAAGAUAUUGAACUGCAUCUGGAAAGUUCUUCACACCAGGAAACAUUAGAUCAUAUUCAGAAACAAACUAAAUUUGAUAAAGUAGUUAUGGAGUUUUUGCAUGAGUGUAUGGUAAAUAAAUUCAAGAAAACAUCUAUUCGUAAGCAACAGACAAAUAAUCAAACAGAAGUCGUCAAAAUAAUUGAAAAAGAUGUUAUGGAAGGUGUUACUGCAGAUGACCACAUGAUGAAAGUAGAAACUGUUCACUGCAGUGCUUGUAGUGUGUACAUCCCUGCUUUACAUAGUUCAGUCCAGCAACACUUAAAGUCUCCUGACCAUAUCAAAGGGAAGCAGGCUUAUAAGGAACAAAUAAAAAGAGAGAGUGUCUUGACUGCUACAAGCAUUUUAAAUAAUCCAAUAGUGAAGGCGCGAUAUGAACGUUUUGUUAAGGGUGAGAAUCCUUUUGAAAUUCAAGACCAUUCUCAAGAUCAGCAAAUAGAAGGAGACGAAGAGGAGGAGGAAAAGAUUGAUGAACCUAUUGAAGAGGAGGAGGAAGAGGAGGAAGAAGAAGAGGAAGUGGGAGAAGUGGAGGAAGUAGAGGAAGCAGAGGAAGUGGGGGAAACAGAGGAAGUGGAGGAAUUAGAGGAAGGGGGAGAAGGUGAAGGAGUAGAAGGAGCUGGGGAAGGCGAGGCUGCUGGGGAAGGAGAAGGAGUUCGAGAAGGAGGAGGAGUGGGGGACGGAGGUGAAGCAGCAGCAAAGGAAGAGCGUGUCGGCUCCCCUGUUGACCAACCUGAAGAAAAUUAAAUAUAAGGUAUUAGAUUUAAAAAAAGCUUUAAAUUUCUGUCUUAAUGUGGAGAAGGGUAAGAAUUUUAAUAGUUUAAAAUAUGAGACUAACACCUAUGUUGCAUGCAUUCCACACAUUAAAUUUGUUUUAUAUAAUUUCUAAAUGUUUGGCAUUUGUUUUAAUAAAAUGAAGGUAUUAGUUUAGUUUUUAUAGCUACCAAACUUAGAUUCAAUAAAUUGUAUAAUUUUUAAGCUUAAUUUUUAUUACUUUAUUGGUGUUAGGAUAACAGAUGUGUAUUGUCAGUAUAUCUAUUCUAAUCAUUUCAACUUAAAUGCUGCUCUUGGGAGAUUAUAUUCAAGUGUGCAUUAAUGUUUUGAAUACUUACCCUGGAAGAGAUAAAUUGGGCAAGUAUUUUGUGCUCUGUGUAUUUUUUUACUGCAUUGGACAUUGAAUAGUAAUUUGCUUUAAGAUACGCUUUAAGGCUUUUUGUGACCAUGUUACCCUUUGUAGCAAUAAAAAGUGUUUUUUGUUU